AUGUCCAAGAUCACAGUCGCCGGAGUGCGCCAGAAUGUCCAGCAGCUGCUCGACUACUCUCAGAAUGAGAAGAAGAGAAACUUCCUCGAGACCGUCGAGCUUCAGAUCGGUCUGAAGAACUAUGACCCCCAGCGUGACAAGCGUUUCUCUGGCACCAUCCGUCUGCCCACCGUGCCCCGCCCCAACAUGAGCCUCUGUGUUCUUGGUGACCAGCACGAUCUCGAUCGUGCCAAGCACCACGGCAUUGACGCCAUGUCCGUUGAUGACCUGAAGAAGCUCAACAAGAACAAGAAGCUCAUCAAGAAGCUUGCUCGCAAGUACGAUGCUUUCCUUGCUUCCGACACCCUCAUCAAGCAGAUUCCUCGUCUCUUGGGUCCCGGUCUCUCCAAGGCUGGUAAAUUCCCUACCCCCGUCUCCCACAACGAGGAUAUGUCCAACAAGGUCACCGAGGUCAAGUCCACCAUCAAGUUCCAGCUUAAGAAGGUGCUCUGCCUGGGUGUUGCCGUUGGCAACGUCAGCAUGACCGAGGAUGAGCUGGUCGCUAACACCAUGUUGGCCAUCAACUACCUCGUUUCCCUGCUGAAGAAGGGCUGGCAGAACGUUGGCAGCCUUGUCAUCAAGGCUUCCAUGUCUCCCCCCAAGCGUCUGUACUAG